AUUUCAGUAAUUUAGACCACGGACGUAAAAUCCCAUUAAACUAGAUUUAAGAAUCGCCUGUUAUAUGCUUUCACGUCCACUGAGUGAGCAACGCAAAGCCAUGGCCUGCAAGGCCGAUCGCUGUCACUCCAAGGGGGGUUUCUCAAAGCUCGUAAAGUCUUGCUGGCCGGAAACGUCGCCAGAAAACAACCGUUUUCCGGCCUUCUUCGAACCAGUGCGGCCAAGGAACCCUAGAAACCAGCCUGAAAACCACCAAACCUCACUGGAAAACCACAAAAUCCAGGCCUUCUCAGCCUUGCCAGAUGAUAUCGUCAUAGAAUGCUUGGCCAGAUUAGACCGCUCAUCGCUCAAAUACGCCAUGUCCGUCUGCAAAAAAUGGUCGGAAAUCAUGGAUUCAGAGGCCUAUUUCGAGCUACGCCGAACCCUAGGCCUGGUGAGAGAGGGCGCAUGGGCCUUUGAUCAAGCCCUAAGCAUGGCGGCCUUUUGCACUGAGCCCUCGAGCCCAUGGACCCAGAUGGAGCCCCGUGGCUCGGGCGGGCUCGUGAAUGGCACGGCGGUGGUCGUGACGGUAGGGCGCCGAGCUGUAGUCCUGGGUUCGGAUGGAUGCGUUCUCAGCUACGACCCGUGGUCCGGUCGUGUCCGUACGUGCGAACCCAUGCCCUGUAAAAGAAAGAGGUUCGCCGCCUGCUCCAUUAACGGCAAGGUAUAUGUGGCCGGCGGCUCUGGCUCGUGCGCAAAGCGUGUGGACGAAUACAACCCUUUGACGAACAAGUGGAGGGCGAUCGGCGAGUUACCAGAGCCUCGCUAUGGCUGUGUCGGCCUGGCCAUCGGAAAGUGCUUCUACGUGAUAGGCGGGCUCAGCCUCAAGGCAAGACCGGCCAGGCUUGGGGUUGCAGACGAAUCAGAGAGCUCUAGGGUAAGGGUUUCAGAGGAACCAGAGAGCUCCAGAGGCAAUGUUGCAGAGGUUUCUGAGAGCUCUAGGGUUAGGUUUUUGCAGCGUUCAGGAAGUUCUAGGGUUUCGGGAGGGAGGGGAGCGGGGGUUGUGUAUGGUAGGGGCGGGGGGUGUGUAUGGGAGGGGUGGGGGUACGUGAACAGGAUGGAUGUGUAUGAUGUGGAGAGGAGAGAGUGGGUGGGGAGGAAGGCGAUGCCAGCGGGGGGUUGUGUAGUGUCGGGUUGUGUAUCGGGGGGUUGUGUAUACUUGGUGGUCAGGGAGGGGGUGGGAGUGGCGCUGUGGAGGUGGGGAGAGAGAGGGGAGUGGGGGAGGGUAGGGAUGGAAUUUAGGGUCGAAGGAGGGGCGAGGUUGGGGUGCUGCGGCGUUGAGGGGAGGGUGUGGGUUGUGUACGGAGGGAGGGUGGUGGUUGUGUAUGAUACUCGGACGGGGGAGUGGCGGAGGGGGUUAGACUUGCCACCGGCCUGGAAAGGGCCGGCGGUGUGUGUGGCGUUGAGAUGGUAGAGAAAAGGAGAAGUGCAGAUCCAGUAAGAAAACCUUAUUGGGUUGUAUGCGGUUAGAGAGAGAAUAUUGCCUUUGAAAAUAAAGGGUAGAUUGGAGACUUCAGAGUGGGAAUUAAUGUUGGGUAAAUUAUUUUUUGUAUCAUUUUUAAGGAUUGUAAUUUUUGUCUCCUUUUUAAGGAUUGUAGUAAAGAGCUUCCAAAAUAAUUAAAUGGGCUACAAUUUUUAAUGGUGUGGAGAGAGGGUAUUUCACUGUAA